AUGGAUUUGAUGCGGGAUAUGCUCGGCAUGAGCGGCGGGCCCCCCCCGCGGCAAACAGCAGCAGCAAUUGGCCUGGGGCAGCCGCAACGUGGCAAGAAGAAGGGCCCAUCUGCUGUUGCGCCCCUCGUGUCUUUGCCCGCCGCCUUCCGCACCCCACCCGGCAGCAAUGCGGGAAGCAGCAGCAGCAGGAGAGCCCGCUGCACCUCCAGGUGGCGGCUCUGCGCUUUUCAAAAUAAGGCGAGGGAAGGCGAGGGUUUGCGUUUGGUGCGUUGGCAGCGGGUGACGGAGGCGCAGGAGCAGCAGCUGCAGCAGCAGCAGCAGCAGCUGCAGCAGCAGCUGCAGCAGCAGCAGCAAAUGGAGCUGAACGACCGCCUCAAGUACUUCCAAGUCGACGAAGACGCAGAAUUUAAUUAUGCCAAAUUCCACGUCAAAAUUCGCCACCCCCCUCUCACCAAGGCCCUCUACGACAAGUUACUUGCGGACUUGGACCCGGAGUGGAGUUUCGAAGCAACUCUGGAACUGUGGCAGCUCUGCGAAGUCUACGAACUUCGCUGGUUUGUAAUUGCCGACAGAUUUAAGGAAAAUAAUAAAAUGAAAAUCACAGAUUUGAAAAAGCGCUACUUCGCCGUCGCCAAG